CCCACGGCUGUGAGCAAGCAGCAGUCUCAGCCAUACUCGCUUGAAAGACAACUACACGCCACACAGGUACCAGGAGAGCCAUUCCGCCACCCGAGGCAAAAGCCUCCUUGUUUAUUAUAUUACUACAUCACUGGAUUCCCAGGAAUCGCUGGACAUCAUCUGGAGGAGAACUGACACCCACCGUUGAGUCCAUCGUGCCCCGGAGCAGACCCCUCAGCCGUGGCCAGCCAACGCUGGAACUCUGGGCCCUCUAUGGACUGGUAACGUUUUCAACGUCAUUUUCACCUGAAUAAAAUGUCAUUUCAGAGUGUCACAUUCACCCCCUCUCGAGAUGGACACCUUGCGUGACUGACCUAAGAUUAUGGCUGCAGAAGUUCUGAGUACAUUUGGUUGGGGACAGGAAAUCAUCAGCACAGCUGCAGUGUGAACACCGAGACUGAGGUGCUCCGACAGCCUGGCCGUGCUGAGGCCGGGUAAUGCAAGGCCAUUUUGAAAACUGAAGGUCUACACUACAGAACAGAGGGCGUCGGCAGGGGAUCUUAGGCACAGAGGCAACUUGAAAUGAGCUGUGUUUCUGAAAACUCUCAUUAGCUUUCCCGAAGGAACUCAGGGAAGAUGUGGGAGAGUCGACCUGAGACCCAGACGGGACAAAGCAGGGGCGUGGGAAAGUGACAUUCAGGGCAUGUCAGGAGGCUUCCCAAGAGACAGUGCAGGAGCAGAGCGACCAAGAAGACGCCCUGCCUGGGCACGGAAGAAACCGGCAGAUGAGGAGCGCUGUAGGAAGCGCAAAUUGGACGAAGGUCAUAAACUCAGACUCAGAAGGUACCAGAGUGAGACUUCCAUAGAGUGGCGUGUUAAAAUGCUCCGCACCACACGCUGGUGCUGAAAUAGGACACUCUAGAUUUACAUUUUCAGAAACAAAACUGGAAAACGCAACCAUGAUCAGAAUUUCAGGAGCACGGAGCCAACAAGCCGCUUCUGAGUCAGGAAGCCCUCCCUCAAAGUACCCUCCCUGGCCGCAUUCCUGUCCCACACCCAGCAUAUUUUUGGUGAGACCAGUUGCUCUGAGAGGAAAGCAGCCUCACAAGCAGGAAAAAGGGCAGGUAGUGGAGAUCAUGUGACAGACUGGUCAUCAGCCCCUCCCUCCUUUGCUACUAUAAUUUGUUCCCCUCAGAAUCUGCACAUUUUUCAUAAAACACCCAAAUUCAGGAGGCCCAGAGAUGCUCAGACUCUACCCAGACCUACUGAACUGAGACUGUGGGGCUGGAGAACUGUAUUGUAACAAGCCCUCUGGGCGCCGGGGGCACAGUUUCCACGAGGUCUCCGUGUCUUCUUCCCCCUGCUUGCUGUAUUCCUCUCUCCACCAGGAGCUCCUGGGUCCCUGGAGCUGCACUCAGUAUCGACAUAAACCCUUCACGACAGCGCCCCUCCCUGUGAGGUCUCACACCGCCUGACAUGAGGUGACAUCCACGCUGGUCUCCACAAGUGCUGGUGGUGCCCUGCUGUUUCUACUGUGCUGCACCGCUCUGAGCACACGGCCCUGGUUCCCAACAGAGGACGCUGUCUGGAAGCCGCCACAGCAUCCGGCUGUUCUAGGCCAGGGCUUCUCAAGGUGAAAUCAACAGGAGAGUUCACCUGGAAGCUAGUACACGGGAGAGGCUGCGCGGCGAGGACCAUGAACGGCCGCCCCACAUCUGCUUCUCCCUUCGGUUUCCUGAGUCCAGGAAGACAUGAGACCGGCGGCCCUGCGCACCAUGACAGCUUCCUCCUCCAGCAGUGACUACAGCAGUGCAGACGACUCUGCUUCCGAGUAUGGAUCCAAGCACAGCCUCUCAGUGGGACACUACCCCUCUGAGAACACGUUUUCCUACGAGGACGUGGCCCCUUGUAAGGAGACGGCUUCCAGGGAUGCCGAGGUCCACUUCCUCCCUCUUAGUCAAGGUGCCUGGGGGACAGAGAGCUUGAGAAGACUCCUCAAGAAGCGAGAGAAGAUGGAGCAUGCUCCAGACCAGUUCUGCAAGCUGAGCAUCACGCUGGCCUGGGACUUCGAUGUGGACUCCGACCAGGAGGACUCGCCAGCUAAUCUGGAUCUAAAUCGCCACAGCCAGUGGAUGGACAAAUGGCCAGAAGACAGUACAAAAUUGACUCUCUGCAAACUGGAUAACCUAGUACAAAACCUUGAGACAUUUCUAGAAAAAGGUGGCCAACACGAUGGCUGUGUGCUCCCUGAGUCUACUCAGAAGGAAGACCUCCACCUCACCAGCGGCGCCUGUUCGCAUACAGCUCAGGUCAGUCACAAAGACCUGCCCAGGUACAAAGCACGGGAAAAUGAAGCCAUCUGUCAGGCCCUAGAGAGUCCACCAAGGCUACAGAAAGAGGAAGUUGGGCAGGAGAUACAGCAAGCAGACGAGAGCUCCUUGGACAGCUCCACGUCAUCCGCACAGGCAGAGGAGGCUUCCCACUCACACUACACAUCCUGUCUGAACUUUCGCUGGGUCUUGCACUGGCUGAGGACACAAGUCUUCUCCCGAUGGAGAAGAAAGCAUGUUAGGCAGGCUGCCAUCAGCUGGCACCAGAAGGCAGCGAGAAAGAUAAAUUCUCUUAGAGGCAACAGAAUCCAACCCCAAGAAUGACCUGAGACUGAGCUUAUCUGACAUCCUCAGAUUUUUAAACCUUUGAACCCCUUGUCCAACAACCCUAACAGGUAUGUGAUGUUCCCUCCUCCACCUCACAAGUGAGGAAAUCAAGACUUGGGAGUAUACAGGGGUAGUUUCCAGUCUUCACAGUCCUUCUGAACCAGCCACUUCCUACAAACAGUAUGCUGGGAACAACAAGCAUGCCUCAAGCAGCCUGGACAAUCCUGUCUUGAUGUUGGAACCAUGGCCAAUGAGUCGCUGCAAAAAAGCUCUCUACCCGCCGGAAGCACAACCCAAACCACCCACCAUGGUGGGAGGCCGGUGGGGUACAUGUUGCCUUCUGAAAAUGAGGGGUUGAGUCAAUGAAAGAAUGAGUAAACACACAAGUAAGCAAAAUGGCGCAAAAGACAGCAAAAAGAAGGGGUGGAGGGGACUGUUAAUUUAGGAAGCAGAAUACUACUAAGUUUUCCAUGAAUAAAUUCAGGCUUGUGAAUUCAACAAGCAUGUUUUCAGCCUGAGUCCAAGUAAUCUGCUGGGAGAAGACACAGGUAACAGAGAUCUGUGUCUACUGAGGAAAAAAGCCUGUGUGGGAUUAUUGAACAGGGCACCAUUUUCACCAAGUCCACCUCUCAUCUAUACUAAAGAAUAAGUGCACUGCUUUAGCAAGAUUCUUACUCAUUUUAACCUCUGGAAUUAUGUGGCAACAGGAAAAAUUCCAGCACUGCUCAUUCAUCUUAGUGUCCAAUUUGUUAUCCAACCGAAGCAGGUCCCCUGUGCCACACGUGUGGAGGGGGUGGGGCUGGCCACUGCAAGCAUCAAAAAGCAAGCAUGAGCUGGAAGUGGCUAUUGAAAGAAAGGAAUUUUGCUGAACCCUGAAGUCUCCUGUGAAAUUACUGUAAU